AUGGACACGCCGACCGGAACGCCAAUGCCGGGAGCCAUGGAGAGGAAGCCAACAGAUUCCAGCGCGCGAUCUCCGCCUGGCGAGCUGGAUGCGACCGCUUCGGAAAUCGUUGCAAAUCAGCGAGACGCUCUCGUGCAGAGAAAAGACUUGGCUCAAAAGACGAAAGAUUUCAGAAAGCUGGACGAUGCUUCAAAGCUGGCGGAGUACAAGGGUCUACUAAAGGCUGACAGUAACAUCGCAGCUUAUCAAACCUUCAUUGAUCUCCUUACGAAUCAUGGGAAGACGUCUUCGUCGGCAUUUCUGCAGCUCUACUCCUCUUUGUCAGAAGCCCCCGAUCCAUAUCCUCUCCUCGAGGCGUCCGUCGACUCUCUCGUUGCAUCCGAAGAAACCGUUCCGAAGUUGACUUCGGAAAAGGAACACUUGCAGAAGUCGGUGGAGCGUCUAACGAGCCAAUUGGAAGAAACUGAGAAGCGACUGGAGGAGGAACGGACCGCCCGACAGAAACUGGAAGAGAGCCAGGAAUCGAAAAUCAGAGAGAUCGAGUCAACCUGGUCUGCGGUGUUGUCAGAGAAGACGAAUAACUGGGAGGCCAAAGAGAAGAGUUUUGAAGAAAAAAUUGAGAACCAGGACCGUCUCUUGAAAGAACUCAAGGCCAGCCUUGAGGUGUCUCAGCGGUUGGGAAGAGAGGACGAAGGGGAUUCAACCCGCAAUGCUGCUACCGCCGCUGAACUAGAAAUCGUUACAUCAGAGCUAGAGAAGACCAGUUUGCGGUUGGCGGAAGUCGAGGCGCGGAACGAGCAGCUUCGGUUGGAGCUGGCCCAGGCCGUAUCUCACCCGCAAACAGAGCAGAAAAUUUCGGUUGAAGAUGACCCUGCUUAUCUACGACUACAAUCCGAGAACUCGUCAUUGUUGCGGAAACUUGAUGCCGCACGGUUCGACAGAGAUACUGAAAGACAUGAGUGGGAAAGCAAGCUUCGGCAAGCUGAAAGACUAAAUGCCAAAAUCACGGCGGAAAAAGAGGAACUGCGGGCCAAGCUGGAGAAGUGUGCCGACUACGAAGAGAUCCGGCGGGAGCUGGAAGUUAUUAAGUCUAUUGAAUUCUCGACGGGCGACGAUGAUGAUGCGGGCGAUAUUACGGAAGACGCCGGCGCGAAUGCAAAUGGCGCGUCAGCCAAAUCCAAAGAGAACACUCUGGAGCAAUUGUUGAUGAGUCGGAACAAGAAGCUCACCAACGAGCUCACAGUACUCCGAGUAUCUCACCGAGAUCUCCAGAGCCAAUUGGAAAGCCUCCAGCAGGAGCUCUCCAAGACGAAAGAAGAGCUCGAGAAGUCCCAGCAGCUCUCCGCGACCCUCGAGAAUGACCUUUUGCGCAUGCAGAAGGGACCCACAACCCCUCUUCCUUCGUCUGCCAUGUCGGUUGCCGGCACAUAUACGUCGAAAUAUCAUUCUUCUCGAAGAGGAACAACGUCACCGACGUCGUCUAUCAUCUCUGGUUUCGACCAAGCCGCCGCUUCCGCGAAUACGAUGGAUGCGAUACGAGCUGGAGAGCCUGUGGGCGGUGGCUCCGGCAUACUGCCAAUGGUCCAGGCACAGCGGGACCGUUUCAAGCAAAGGAACGCUGAACUCGAGGAGGAGCUUUCCAAGAUGUAUAGCACUGUGAAAUCUUUACGACAAGAAGUCGCGUCCCUCCAGAAGGACAAUCUCAACUUGUAUGAAAAGACCCGGUACGUCUCGACCUACAAUCGCAGCCAAGGGGCAUCGACUUCUGCGUCUGCGUACGCCAACCGGCCGAGCCCGACGUCGGUACAUGCGUCGGCGGAUACGCCAUCCGGUCUGUCUCUAGACCGGUAUCAGUCCGCAUACGAGGCGCAAAUCUCGCCGUUUGCCGCGUUCCGGGGUCGCGAAGCGGCACGGGCCUACAAGCGCAUGAGCUUUCCGGAGCGGAUCAUCUUCUCCAUCACGCGCAUUGUCCUGGCGAACCGGACCAGCCGGAACCUGUUCGCGGGGUACUGCUUCGCGCUGCACAUCCUUCUCUUCGUCAUGCUGUACAUGAUGAGCACGGUUGAAAUUGAAAAGCACCACAUUGACAAUCUCGUCAGCGGAGCCGCGGGUGCUGUUGCUGGCGCUGGAGCUGGAGGUGGAAGCAAGAGCGGCGCUGGCCAGCAGUUACAUGGCGAUGAUUGGCAGCAAGCAGGCUUCAAUUAA